UUUUUGUUAUCAGAUAGAAGAUCAGCUGUUGGCACAUCAUACAGCAUCAAGGGAGGGGAUCCAAUAAGAAAUAAGAAAAUCAAGCAUCAAAAGUCUACAUUAUCACUCGACCUGAGUGCAUCCGAGCAACAUGGAGUACACAUUCAGGGCAGUAACUCGCAGCACGGGGAUUAUAAUAUGGAGAGUUGAGAAUAUGGAGCUGGUUCAAAUCCCAGAGAAAUCUUAUGGAAACUUUUACGAGGGUGACUGCUACAUACUUCUGUCUACUCAGAAGGUAGGCAGCUCUCUUGCUUAUGACAUCCAUUACUGGAUCGGCUCGCAGUCCUCUCAAGAUGAACAGGGUGCAGCUGCUCUUUACACCGUCCAGCUUGAUGAGUUCCUGGGCUCCACUCCAGUCCAGCACCGCGAGGUUCAGGGCCACGAGUCUGAUGCCUUCAAGGGCUACUUCAAACAAGGAGUAAUCUAUAAGAAAGGUGGAGUUGCAUCAGGAAUGAGGCACACUGAAACCAACACCUACGAUGUGAAGAGACUGCUUCAUGUCAAAGGGAAGAAAAGAGUGAUUGCAAAAGAGGUGGAGAUGAGCUGGACCAGCUUCAACCUUGGAGAUGUGUUUUUGUUGGACAUUGGGAAGACCAUUGUUCAGUGGAACGGACCCAAGUGUAACAAACAAGAAAAGCUUAAAGGCAUGUUGUUGGCCAAAGACAUCCGGGACAGAGAGAGAGGAGGCCGGGCAGAGAUCCGCGUGAUUGAGGGGGACGCAGAGAGCAACUCUCCUCAGAACAUGGAGGUCCUGGAGGGCAGUCUUGGCAAAAGAAGCUCCCAGCUGAAGGAUGGACCUACAGAUGAAACCGCUGACCAGGAACAGAAAGCAAAACUCACUCUUUACCAGGUGACGGAUGCUGAUGGUCAGAUGAAGGUCACAGAAGUUGCUUCUACACCUCUGGUUCAGGAUCUCCUCAGCCAUGAUGAUUGCUACAUCCUGGAUCAAGGAGGAACAAAGAUUUUUGUAUGGAAGGGGAAAAAAGCAAACAAAGCUGAGAGGCAGGUUGCUAUGUCCAGAGCUUUGGACUUCAUCAAAGCGAAAAACUACCCGGUCACUACAAAUGUGGAGACGGUGAAUGAUGGGGCUGAGUCAGCUCUCUUUAAGCAGUUGUUCCAGAGGUGGACCGUGAAGGACCAGACUCAAGGUCUGGGAAACGUGCAGACAAGAGGGAAAGUGGCUCACAUCACACAGGAGAAGUUUGACGCCUCUCUGAUGCACGCCAUGCCAGAGGUCGCUGCACAGGAGCGCAUGGUGGACAAUGGCUCAGGUGAAAUGGAGGUGUGGAGGAUUGAAGACCUGGAGCUUGUCGCUGUGGACCCUCAAUGGUACGGGUACUUUUAUGGAGGAGAUUGCUACCUGAUCCUGUAUACCUAUUUGGUUAACAACAAGAAGAGUUACCUGCUUUACAUAUGGCAGGGGCGUCAUGCAACACAGGAUGAAGUGGCAGCCUCAGCAUUUCAGGCAGUGAACUUGGAUCAGAAGUAUGGUGAUGAGCCAGUCCAAGUCCGAAUAACAAUGGGAAAGGAACCAAGACACUUUAUGGCAAUGUUCAAGGGAAAAAUGGUCAUCUAUGAGGGCGGCACAUCUAGAAAAGGGUCCGCUGACCCAGAGCCACCCAUUAGGUUGUUCCAGGUUCACGGUUCUGACCCGUCCAACACAAAAGCCAUGGAGGUUCCUGCACUGGCCAGUUCUCUCAACUCCAAUGAUGUGUUUCUACUUAAGAGCCAAUCAGGAAUCCACCUGUGGUGUGGAAAGGGAUCCAGCGGAGACGAGAGAGCCAUGGCUAAGGAGGUGAGCUCUGUGAUUGGCCAGAACUCAAAGCAAGGCUCUGAGGAGAUUGUGGCAGAGGGUCAGGAGCCCUUUGAAUUCUGGGAGUUGGUUGGAGGGAAAGCUCCCUAUGCUAAUGACAAGAGAUUACAGGAGACGGUUUUGGACCACCAGCCGCGCCUGUUUGAAUGCUCCAAUAAGACGGGACGCUUCAUCUUGAACGAAGUGAUGCAGUUCACACAGGACGACCUCAACGAGGACGAUGUCAUGCUGUUGGACACAUGGGACCAGGUGGUCCUCUGGAUCGGUAAAGAAGCUAAUGAGGUGGAGCGUAAAGAAGCAGUGGUGACCAGCAGAGAGUACCUGCGCACACACCCCGGCGCCAGAGACCCAGACACCCCCAUCGUCCUGAUCAAGCAGGGCUUUGAGCCACCCACAUUCACAGGGUGGUUCACAGCCUGGGACCCCUCCAAGUGGAGUGGAGGAAAGAGCUAUGAGGAGUUGAAGAAGGAGUUGGGGGAUGAAAUAUCACCUGUAAAUGUUACAAUUGAGCAGAACUGCGUGGAAAGUGAGAAAAACUUUCAGUGUUUUCCACUUGACGACUUGGUCAACAAGCUCGCCAACGAGCUGCCUGAAGGUGUUGACCCAACCCAGAAAGAGAAGCAUCUGUCCGACUCUGACUUCAACGACAUUUUUGGGAUCACCAAAGAUGACUUUGCCAGCAUGCCACAGUGGAAACAACUGAAAACGAAGAAAGAAGUGGGGAUGUUUUGAUCAGAUUCCUAUCUAUAUCUGUUUUGUGUCAGCCCCUCCUGCUCUAUAACUAGCAACUCUGUUACUUUCCACUUUAGCUCAAUCUGAAUUUGGAGUACAUUUGAAUGUGUAUAUUCAUCUUUUUAUAUUGUAAUUCAUUGUUUCAAAUCAAUGUAAUAACAUGGGUUUUUUAUCCUGUGUUGAUGUACAAUCAACAGUUUAAUUGUUUGUGUGAUUAAUUGAACUCUCAGUUUGUAAAACCUAUCAACUGUAUUGCUUACUCUUUUGUGUGUGUAACUGAAAACAUAUAAGAUUAGAAGAAUUUCAAUGCAGAUGAAAACACAAGAUAUAAGAUAAAAUGUACACAUAAAAACUACACAUUUAAAUGAUGUUUUCUUUAAAAAUAACAGUAAAACAGUUACAGUUUACAGCCAGAAUAGUAGAAAUAGAAGUUGUUAACAAGUUUAAAUGAUCAACCUCAUUUCAUUAAAAUAAAUUAUAUAAAUUGUGUUAAUUAUGAGUUUCCCCCUGAACAACAAAUCAAAUGUAAGGAGGCUCUGACUCCUACAUGUACUAGAGGUCUGCUCUGCCAUCUGUUGGACAAACGUCAGGCUUAAAUAAUCCAGAAAAUAAAAGAAAAACUUAAUUUUAAAAGUGACUUCCAAUGUGAUGUGAACAUUUGUCACUUCUGAUGAGCUUGUGGUUCCUUGUGCGGCAGUCACCUUGUGUUGGAAAACAGCUUUGAGUGUUUGCAAAAACUUACUGAUCUAAUUAUCAUGUCAAGAAUCCGUAAGUAAAACAAUAAUCAGCUUCA